AUAUAAACCUCCACAAGUCUCAGCCAGCAUUUAUCCCUUCUUUGUUUCCAAGUUUCAUUUUUUUCUCUCUUGAGUUACAAAAGUUGGGAGAUUAUGGCUGUUUCUAAAAUUGUAGUCUCAAUGUUCUUGGUCAUCUUUGCCAUGGCAUUUUUCACUGUUCAAGCUCAGGAGUUUGCCCCUGCUCCUGCCCCUACCAGUGAUGGAGUAUCGGUAGAUCAAGGGAUUGCAUACGUGCUAAUGCUGGUGGCUUUAGUUCUUACAUAUCUCAUCCACCCUAUGGAUGCUUCUUCCUACAAUUUCUUCUAAAUUCCUCUCCAAGUUUAGUUAGAACCUUAAAUUAUGCUUCAUUUUUCACUUUGGGACAAUGGUUGUAAUCAUUCUUCACAUGGAUUUCAUUAUUAAUCCAUUCAUGUUUAUUUU